CUGCAUUGUCAGGGACAGGCUGGGGGAUGCUUAAAGAGAGUAACUGAUCCACUCUACUUAUUCACUCAAUUGAAGCUGAAAGGAAGAAGGAAAGUGACUGCUGCUGAACCUGUCUAGUUUGGGACGAUGGAAAAGCUUCUGGGCUCUCUAGCGAGUGUAUUUUAUUUUUCUGUGUAGCUUUCGCCUUUGAGUUCUGGCGGAGGUGAAUUAGGUGGAGUUGACUUUCCUGGAAUUGUAGUGGCAGUUUUUCCUGUUGUGUUCCACGGCAGACUGUCUCACAUGAAAAUGACAGACUAGCUCCUGGAUUACUAAGCUCAAGAACUCUGCCAUCUGGCCUUUUCAGUCCCGACGGCGGCUUUGUGUUUUUCCUUCUUUAAUGUGGGUCAGCAGUGGUUUGUCUUCAGCAAUGCCCCAGCGUCGCAAACGAGGGCGAAAUCCAUCGAUAGCUGAUCAGCUUCCCUGGAUUUCGCUGACGACACCGCUUUGUUUUGCCUGAAGAUGGAAACACUGGAGUCGGAGCUGACCUGCCCUAUCUGUCUGGAGCUCUUCGAAGAUCCACUGCUGUUGCCUUGCGCUCACAGUCUCUGUUUCAGUUGCGCACACCGCAUCCUUGUCUCCCACUGCACAUCCAACGAGCCUGUGGAAUCAAUCAGUGCUUUCCAGUGCCCAACUUGUCGUUAUGUCAUCACCCUCAACCAGCGAGGCCUAGAGGGAUUAAAACGCAACGUCACUCUUCAGAACAUUAUCGAUCGCUUUCAAAAAGCUUCAGUGAGUGGUCCUAACUCCCCCAGUGAGACCCGCCGUGAGCGGGGAUACGACGGAAACGCCAUGACCAUGUCGAGUGAAAAAGUGCUAUGCCAGUUUUGUGAUCAGGAUCCAGCACAAGAUGCUGUGAAGACCUGUGUCACCUGUGAGGUCUCCUACUGUGAGGACUGUCUUAAAGCCACUCACCCCAACAAAAAGCCAUUUACAGGUCACAGGUUAAUUGAACCCAUACCAGACUCACACCUUCGUGGGCUACUAUGCCUGGAACAUGAGGAUGAGAAAGUUAACAUGUACUGUGUAACUGAUGAACAGUUAAUCUGUGCCUUGUGCAAAUUGGUAGGGCGUCACAGGGACCAUCAAGUGGCUGCGUUGAGUGACCGCUAUGAAAAAUUAAAGAGAGCCCCUGGAAGGUUUUUCAGUAAGAGGACAGAGCAGGAAACUUCUGACCAGCAAAGCUUGGAUGCCAACCUGACUAACCUUAUUAAGAGAAACAAUGAGUUGGAGAAUCUCAUGGGCAAACUUAUUCAAACAUGCCAACAUGUAGAGGUGAACGCUUCACGGCAGGAGGGCAAGCUGAUGGAAGAGUGUGACCUACUGAUAGACAUUAUACAGCAAAGGAGGCAAAUCAUUGGAACAAAAAUUAAAGAAGGAAAAGUGGUAAGGCUACGGAAAUUGGCACAGCAGGUUGCAAACUGCAAGCAGUGUAUCGAGAGAUCCUCUUCUCUGAUAACUCAAGCUGAACAAACCCUGAAAGAGAGUGAUCAUGCACGUUUCCUGCAGACAGCCAAAAAUAUUUCUGAACGGGUUUCUAUGGCGACAGCAUCUUCACAGGUUUUGAUACCAGAAAUCAACCUGAAUGACACCUUUGACACUUUUGCAUUAGACUUUUCACGAGAAAAGAAAAUGCUAGAAAGUCUGGAUUAUCUAACAGCACCCAAUCCCCCAGGGAUUCGAGAAGAACUGUGCACAGCAUCUCAUGACACAAUCACUGUCCACUGGACAUCAGAUGAUGAAUUUAGUGUUGUUUCUUAUGAACUACAAUAUGCAAUCUUCACAGGACAGGCCAAUGUAGUUAGUUUGUGUAACUCUGCCGACAGCUGGAUGAUUGUUCCUAAUAUUAAACAGAACCACUACACAGUUCAUGGACUACAAAGUGGCACAAAGUAUAUCUUCAUUGUCAAGGCGAUCAAUCAGGCAGGUAGCCGGAGCAGCGAUCCAGGAAAGCUGAAAACUAAUAGUCAGCCUUUUAAAUUGGACCCAAAAUCUGCCCACAGGAAACUUAAAGUGUCACAUGACAAUCUAACUGUAGAACGAGAUGAGACCUCAUCAAAAAAGAGCCACACCCAAGAGCGUUUCACAAGCCAAGGAAGCUAUGGAGUAAUGGGCAAUGUUUACAUUGACAGUGGUCGCCAUUAUUGGGAGGCACUUAUUGGAGGAAGCACCUGGUAUGCAUUGGGAAUCGCAUAUAAGUCCGCGCCCAAGCACGAGUGGAUUGGGAAGAACUCGGCCUCCUGGGUGCUGUGCCGCUGCAAUAACUCGUGGGUAGUGAGACACAACAGCAAGGAGCUGCCCAUUGAACCAUCGCCCCACCUGCGGCGAGUCGGGGUUCUGCUUGACUAUGACAAUGGUUCUCUGGCGUUCUACGAUGCCGUGAGCUCCCAGCACCUUUACACUUUUGACAUUUCUUUUGCACAACCAGUGUGCCCUGUGUUUAACGUGUGGAACAAGUGUUUAACCGUUUUAACGGGGCUUCCCAUCCCUGACCACUUGGAGUGCACAGAGCAGCAGCUGUGACCACCAUGAUAUCAGCCGUUCACCCAGACACAUCGUGAGGACCAUAGACAUGGCCUGGACUGGAACUGCCUUAUUUUUGACAUUUUUUAUUCCUUUAAACAGACCAGUCAACUUGGCCAUACCGAAGACAUUUGGUGUAAUUGUAUAAGCCAUGGCUUUAAAUCUUUUUCUUUGAACGUCUCUAAUAGUGAAAAACAAAAAAGAAAAUGAUAAAUUAUUUAUGGGGAAAACAAAAACAAAACAAAUCUGACUAAACUUUGUUGUAGACCUGCUUUGCACAUUAAUGUUUGCUACACUAUGAUAUUUAUGCUUAGGUGAUUAAUUGUGGAAAUUAGGGAAGGCGGUUUCACUCACAAUUUGGUCCUUUUACAUUCCCGGCUUCGUUUCAUGUACAUGGUGCGCUGUUUUCAAAUUAUUUUGACAUAAAGGAAAAAGGAUUCUGGGAAGAUGACUGGCUUUUACUAAAGUACAAGGCACUCUCAGACAAAGUGACUAAGCUAACAUUAAGGUGGGCUUCUGCUUGUCGGGAGUCAAGCAUCCAAAUGCUCCCUUUUGUUCUUAUGUCACGUAUGGGUAAACAGAUUUCUUUUUCGUUUUUUUUUUUAUACUUUUCAUUUUUUAUUAUUAUUGUAGUUCUUCAUUUUGUAUUCAGCAUGCUGAUGUAUAAUAAACUUUGAGGAAUGUAGCACAGCAGUUACUUCAAACAAUAUAUACAAUACAGUAUAUGGAUCAUUUAGCCAAAAUGUGUGUGCUCACUGUCGUACCACCUUUAGUGCUGUUUCUGCUCCUUCCAAAGGCCAUGCGUGGGAUUUUUUACUAUGUGUAACACAAAAAAAUAAAUGCUGACAAAACAGAUAAAGACAAAGAGCGUAAUAAAACACAAACACAAGCCGCUCUAAUAGACUGAAGGAAAUGUUUGGAAUAAUUGAGCGUCACAUCAGACAGGCGUCACUGUGCGCCAUUACACUUUAGCAGAUGUGUGAGUAUCAAUAAGGCAAAAAUUUAAAUUUAAGUGGAUUUUAAUGGAUUUGAGGAGAAAAGACAGAUGGGAUUUUUGACUUUCACGUGGUGUGAGCAUGACUAAGAAUGAGUUAAUUGUAGAAGAACGCAUGGUAGCCAUUUUAAGGAAAAGGCAAAGAUCUUUUGUACAGCAUCACCUGCUCACUCCACCCCAGGUCGCCAUGUUUUCCAUAUCACCAGUGUCAAAAGCCCGCCAUUGUCUCCUGAAGGAUCGCAAAUUGACCCUUAGGCCAGUGAGCAUUCAUCUCAGGUCUGCACUCGAAAACGCCAGCCUUUCAACAGCUUGCUCUUGGAGACUUGGGCCCAGCAGCGUGUGGACUGUCUGAGGAGCCAAUUCUGACAAAAAAUAACUUCAGCUUGUUUUCUGUUUUGUGUCAGGGGUUGUCAUUCUUUUGGAGAAAGAUAAAUUGUUUAUUUUUCAUUACCUUCAUUGUAUGUUUGCAGAAU